AAACUGCACUACACAGUGUAUCAUCUUUCACCUCUCAAGAAGGCUGAUAGUGAAUAAAAAAAAUAAAUUAAUAAAAAAUGUGGCCCAUUGUAUUGGGAACUUUUCUUCUGGCCAGUGGCCUAUCAGCACUUCCAGUUUCUCCUGAUGCAGAAAUCCUACCGCCAUCGAAAGACGUUCUACCGACUUUGGCAACGGAGCUAAUGCCUCCUCCUCCGCCAAAAGACAAUGGAUCAGAAAAAAGUCCAGUGCUGUUUCUUAUUAACUUGUUUGGCGUGAAAAAUCAAACAAGUGAUGAAGAAGUCCUUCAAGAUGAUAUCUUGUCGGAAGUGCCAGAUAUAUCAGAACCUCUGGCAAGCAUCCUUCUUGUCGUGGGAGCCGAUGAUGAAGAUUCUCCAGUCAGCCUCGAGGAAGUUUCCAAGGAUCUCGAAAACGAAGGAUUUCAAGUAGAGACCCUUAAAGGAAAGGAUGGAGAAAUUAAAGUCAUUAAAGUUAAUAUUGCUUUAGACGAUCUUGAAUCUACCGAAUUAUCUGAAGAAAAUAAGGACGUUUUAUCUACACUUCGCACAAAGAGGGAAGCUGGACAAAAAAAUUUUGAAAGAAUUCGCAUGAAAAGGCAUCUCUGUCUAAAAUGCAAACAUGGAGGAGGUGGUAAUGGUGGUUACGGGGGUGGAUAUGGAGGUGGAAAUGGAGGUAAUACCGUGGGUGUUAUUCCGGUGAUUCUUGUUCCAGUUGGUGGUGGUUAUAAUCAAGGUUAUCAGGGUCAACAUCAGGGUCAUCAAGGUCAUCAAGGAUGCAGCACUUGUGGUGGUGGGUACCAACCACCACCUCCCCCACAACCAACUUGUAACACCUGUGGAGGUGGCUACCAGCAAGGUGGUGGUGGAAGUUACUCGCAGUCAUCUGCUCAAGCAUCAGCUUCAUCCCAAUCUGGCUCCUACGGAAAAUAACUUAGACUUCUCAAUUGAACAAAAAUUUCAAUCAAACGUUAAUUUUUUGUUAAAUAACUGUGCCAAAUCUCACUAUUGACAAAUAUGAAUAAUAGUAUCUUCCGAUAGGCGGAGUAAAUUCAUUAAAAUAAUAAUAAUACUGUUGAUUCUACAAACUUUUUGUGUUACAAAAAAAAACAUUAAAUAAAUUAUGUGUUGUGUGUUGAUUGGCAAAUAU